GCAGUUAUAGGUCUUGAUCCCCCCCGUUUCUUCGUCGACGCCAACGAUAGUGUAGUGAGAAAUAGAGAGAGAGAGAGUAUUGCGAAUUUGCGAUACAGAGAUUUUCAUGGAGGUGAUUGCAGUCGCAGAUGCAGACGCAGGCGCAGGCGCCAAGGCCAAGCUUGGAGGCCUUGAGAGGCAGAGGACCAACAAAAUUCAGGUCUCUAGCACCAAGAAACCUCUCUACUUCUACGUCAAUCUCGCUAAGAGGUAUAUGCAGCAGCACGAGGAGGUUGAGCUCUCCGCCUUGGGCAUGGCAAUCACUACGGUUGUCACAAUUGCUGAAAUUCUGAAGAACAAUGGACUGGCUACCCAGAAGAAGAUUGUGAUUUCUACAGUCGGCAUGAAAGAUGAGAGCAAAGGACGCCUGGUUCAGAAAGCUAAGAUAGAGAUAUUGCUGGUGAAAACUGAAAGUUUGGAUAAUAUGUUGACUGCUAAAACUAAAUCAGAGGUGGCUGCAGAUGGCAAAGAGGAAUGAUGCUAGUUAGUAGCAAUGCUACUAAGUUUUGUUUUCUGUAACAUAAACACCGUUUCGUUAGGUCUUGGACAGAUAGGAAAUUCAGAUUUCCUGCAACUGCUAACAUGAGCAGAGAACCAGAGAGUUAAGAG